AUGUCUUCAAAAAUUCAAGUCGUGGAAACACGUGAACGUCAACUCGAGCGCUGGGUUCUGAUGAAAAUCGAGCAUGCAAUUGAGAAACUUGAGGAGCAUAAACUCAACGCGACAGAACUCGAGAAAUGGAAAAUUAGCUUCUCCAGUAUGAGUCUCGAUCAGAACUCAGAGCUUAAGCCCCGCUUCUUCGCACCGAAACCUGACCUCCCGCCACCAAACGAUGAGAUACUCGAUAAGGCCGCUGAGCCUAAUGAUAGUGAUGGACGCUAUUAUUUAGGUGCAUACGAUAUGAACAAUUUCUUAAGCUCUUAUGCCUUCCACCAACUAGGCCUCCGUGAUAACGGGCCGUGGCAUUUGAUAGACCCUGGUCAAUAUAACGCUUACAAGAGCCUUUAUUUCCAUGGGUCUCCCUCGCUUGGCCCGUCUCCUACAUUUGGCGCUUUUAAGAUAAUAGAUAGUCCCGGAAAGGAAUAUCCGCAUCUUAAAGCAGUCAUAUAUACCGAUAUGGAGGCGGAUGACAAAACUUGUUUCCGUUCAGAGGUCUUGAUCAGCCUUCGCCUAAUGUUGGCCCAAUUGAGAAAGGUGCGCCUGAUGCACCAUAAGAUCGCACCGGUCUUACUCGUCUCGUUGAUGGGAAAGCAUGUACGUAUACUAGAGUCCUAUUUUGAUGGCAAAUUGCUUCAAAUGCGCUCUACUCGUCUUUACAAAAUCUCCGACUGGGACUCGAUUAAGACUGUGUACAUGAUUCUCACCGAGUAUUUGCUCGGCCCUCCAAUCAGAGAUACCAUCUAG